AUGGGGAGAGGCAAGAUUGAGAUCAAGAGGAUUGAGAACUCAAGCAGCAGGCAGGUUACUUAUUCAAAGAGAAGGAAUGGGAUCAUGAAUAAAGCUAAGGAGAUUAGUGUGAUGUGUGAUGCCCGUGUUGCUCUAAUUGUCUUUGCUAGUUCCGGGAAGAUGCAUCACUAUUGCAGCCCUUCUACUCAGUGGAUGUCUGAAAAGAUGGUUGAAACUGAGGUGGAUAAGCUGGUUGUUAUAGAGGUCGAUAUGGCUGAUAAGGCUGAAUGA